CUCUGAAUUUUAGCGUCUUUCCACGUGUAAUUAAUUUUGCAUAAAGCAGUUGCAAUGAUUGAUCAGUAUUAUUGUUAGUGCUGAAGAAUAGCAAAACAGUGUCGGGACUGCCUUGCAGAGUCUAGAUUCAUCCUCUUGCUGUAAUAAGAAAAGUCUUUUGAAAGGCAUGAAUUUUGGUCUUGGCUUUGCCUCUGCCCAGUUUUGUGACCGUGGGCUCGAUUGAUUCAUGUGACUUGAGAUAUAAUUUCUGAGAUUCCUUUUAAAUUCCACGUCUUGUAAAUCAGUGAUGAGCUUAUUUUCCGCCCUGUACCUUAAAAAGGCAUGGGAAAUGAAAGGCAGCCCUGCGGGGAACAAAGAUUUAUGAGCGCACAGGUUUAGAGGCUGUGAUUACAGUUUAAGACUGCAGGCUGAAAAGGGAACACAAAAUUGAAAGAACUUAUGUAGAAUUAAUUAUAUAGGAAACUUGGAAAGCUUUCAGAAGUUCCAGCAGCAAUUACUGUAUUUAAUUACCUCUCUUUGCAGUUGUACAAAUGAGGUGAGGAGAAAAGUGCUAGGAAAGAGAGUAGUAGAGGAUAGAUAAUUUAGCAUAUGUCUGAAGUGUAGGGAGAAUCCUUUGGAAUUUUUAGUUUGUAUAGACAUUUUCACUCAGGAGACACUUUUUCUUUUAAGUAGAUAGAAAGUUUUGUAUUUCCCCUGCAGGAAAAUCCUGCGUUUAUUCUGAAUGUGUAGAAUUCCCUACCCUCCCAUCCGCCAAUAUUAUUUAACAGCCUUUCAAAAGUACCGUUUGGCUUUGUAAUACAUAGAUGAAAAGAUCGUGUGUUCCUUCGUGGAGAACUUAGUUUGAGUACUUUGUAGCUGUGUGACUAGGGAAAGUCGCUUUUCCUGUCUCAGGCUGUGUUGGUCAACUGUGAAAUGUGGACAAUGAUUCCUGUUUCCUAGGGUUGUGAGGAUUAGAUAAAAUCCUUUAUGUGGAAACCGUACAGCAAUGCCUGACAUAUCAGAUAUGCAAUAAUGACAGUUAUUGUUGUUAGUGUUGUGUUCAUAAUGCAGCAAAGAGAAGUGGUCACUGGGUUUUAGUCUGGCUAGAGGGUAUGGCCUAAAGAGGAGUGCAAAGUGGGAAGUGAUUGACAGCCGCUGCUAUGCCUGAGGGUGGAAUUUUUGCAAAGUCGUAAUCCGUUUUCUGGAUCUCUGGCUGGGAUGCUGCCCAAACAGUGAUUGGAAAAACCCUGUUGGAGGCUAUGUUUCUGUGACUCGAAGGAGCGGGGACGGUGGUGAGAAUGUCGGCCCUCAACUGGAAGCCCUUUGUGUACGGAGGGCUGGCCUCCAUCACGGCAGAAUGCGGUACAUUUCCAAUUGAUUUAACCAAGACACGGCUCCAGAUUCAAGGGCAGACGAAUGAUGCCAACUUUAAAGAAAUCCGGUAUCGAGGCAUGUUGCAUGCUUUAGUGAGGAUAGGCCGAGAGGAAGGGCUGAAAGCGCUGUACUCCGGGAUUGCCCCUGCGAUGCUACGGCAGGCUUCCUACGGCACCAUCAAGAUAGGCACUUACCAGAGCUUGAAGCGACUAUUUGUCGAACGCCCAGAAGAUGAGACCCUACUGAUAAAUGUGGUCUGUGGAAUUCUCUCUGGAGUCAUAUCCUCAACCAUUGCUAAUCCAACUGAUGUUUUGAAAAUACGGAUGCAAGCACAAAGCAGCACCAUUCAAGGAGGAAUGAUAGGCAACUUCAUUAACAUUUACCAGCAAGAGGGAACCAGAGGACUGUGGAAGGGCGUGUCCCUCACGGCUCAGAGGGCUGCUAUUGUUGUUGGCGUGGAGCUGCCAGUCUACGACCUCACCAAGAAGCAUCUGAUCCUCUCGGGCCUGAUGGGAGACACCGUGUAUACCCACUUCCUCUCAAGCUUCACCUGUGGUCUGGCCGGGGCGCUGGCCUCAAACCCUGUUGAUGUUGUGAGAACACGUAUGAUGAAUCAGAGAGUCCUUCGAGAUGGCAGCUGCCCUGGCUACACGGGUACCCUGGAUUGCUUGUUACAGACAUGGAAGAAUGAAGGGUUUUUUGCUCUGUAUAAAGGGUUUUGGCCAAAUUGGUUGAGACUUGGACCUUGGAACAUCAUUUUCUUUGUGACAUAUGAGCAGCUGAAGAAAUUGGAUUUGUGACAAGUCCAGGCUCCAUGAGACAGCGCUCUGAAAAUGCUCACUUCCGAAAGAGUAAAGCUUCCUGUGUUGCACACUGCUUCUCACCGCUUGGCUUGUCACAGAUUCUGAGGUGUGAGCAACAGAUGAAGACUGGGUUAGUUCAGAUUGCUGUGUGUUGGCAUCAGACGCUCUGCAGCAAACAUUUAAUGGCAUAAACUGUAACAUCCAAACCCUAGUCUUUACCAUUAAAGUGCCCUUCAACAUCAAAGAUAACUUUUAAAUGCGUGUUUCUUGCUAAGGAAAACUUGCAAGAAGAUCAGGAAGUGUGUGCUGUUUUCUUCAGGGGAGAGGAGCACCUGAUCCUGGCAGCUCCGAGGCGGGAAGACCCGGCUGCUCUGAACAAGCUCGUCGGAAGCAGGGAAUAGAGCCUCCGAGAGGGGCUUACUGUUCCUGAUCUCCUGGGGGCUUUGGCUUCUUGUCGGCUGAAGAAAUCACACACGUGGAGACCUGGACUCUUCAACCCCGGGUGUAAGCAGUGCAGGAAGUAGACCUCUGGAACACUGCACUGCUUUGUAAUUUCCUAUUUUGGCAGGAUCUUUCACUUAUAGUAAGUGAUUUUAAGCCUUUGAAGACUUGACCUUUGUGAGGAAUUGUUACAAAGUAUUGACAUCUAAACCCAUGAUGGUGUGAUGUGUUGGUUUUGAAGGUGAUGGGGUCCGUGUUGGUGGCAGGUGUUUCAAGAAGCUCAGGUUCUCUCUUAGGUAAUGUUAAUAAUUUGCUCUUUGAUAUUUAGCAAAGUUUUAUUUCCCAAUCUGUAAAAUGGGAAUAAUAACAUCUAUUGAUGUUAAAGGUCAAAUAAAGAAACCAGCAGCUGUUACUA